AAACAACCAGCCAAAUUUAACAUUUAACGAAAUAAAUAAAUUACAAAAUAAAUCUCAUUUAUGAAUUAAUCCAUGUUUCAGUCUUGUACACACAUUAAAAUGAACACAUGUUCUUCUUUGUUCCUCCGAGAGACUGUCGAGAGUCAGUCAGUCAGUUGCUCUGCACGAUAGAGGGCGAUGUUACAUCUCACCUUCACACACGAGACUAUAGUAGUAUAAUGUGAGAAAAUCUCUGAUGUUUCGCACGCGUCAGUAUGAGCAAAUAACUCUAGGAUCUCGUUGGCUUUGUAAGUAGAGGUUUGUGUUAAAUCGUUGAUAAGGAUAUGUGGUUUUAUUCAACUCAUCGUCAUUAUCUGUCUCUGCGUCUGGAUCGAGCAUAUGGUUGUUAGAAGUUUGAGAAGCAAACAUCUCCAUCACUUUCCGGUAACUUAUCCAUGCCGAGUGAAUAAUGUUCUGUGGAGUCGAAUUAUUUGGAGGCCAAUGCUGAUAUCAAGACCGGGGGUGGACAAAAUAAUGCAAAUAUUACAGGAAGUGGAUAGUGUGAUGUGUAGAGUACAGGAAGUGGAUGAGCGGGGGAAGAUCGCUUGCAUGGAUGGGACGGGUCAACUCAGUUGUGAGGUUACAUGGGAAUAGAUUUGUGGUACAAUUGAGUGAUUGUGACAUCAUGGCAUCAGGAUCACCAGAUGCCACAGGCGCUAGUGACGCAUCGGAAGCAGCAGAAGAGUGUUCAGGGAAAAAGAAGUCGAAAUUCCAGACUUUCAAGAAUUUUUUUGUGAAGAAAAAGAUUAAAGAAAGUCCUCCUCCAUUGGGAGAGGGCAUGUUGAAUGACAGUCAAUCAAGUGAUGAUGUCACUAAAGAACCACCUAUGGUCCAAACUAUCAAACAUGAUGAAUUGGGGUCCAAAAUCAAUAUGGGAAAUAAAGCCAUGUCACAUGACAGUGUCUUCGUCUCUGAUUCACCUUUAUCUGAGAAUAAUGAUGCUCUAGGGGCGUCCCAGGACAGCAUUCAUGGAAAAGUGAAAUCUCUACAGCUGCAGUUGAAGCAGGCAAUUCGUCUGGGUUCACCUCCAGCAUUCAUCUACGCGAGGAAAGCUGAAGACGCCGGAGCUUUCUCUGAUGAUGAUGGUCUUCCCUGCAGCCCAUCAGAAUACUUCAGCCUUCAUACCGUGCUGGCCACACCCCCUCAUACGGUGGCAGAUUUGACCCAGAGCAGCAGUUGUUUGAGCAUGGAGGCAUCUGACAGCGAUGAUGAUCAGAUGUCUUAUGAAAGCUCUUCGAGACCCAGCACCCCUCAGGGCCCCGUCCCUGCGGACUUCAGUCUGCCCGCCAGCUCCAUCUCCUGCUUAGACAGCACGGCGGCCCGUCACCGCAUCGCCGUCAAAGCCAAAGCCUGUGCCAGGAGAAAACCAGUCAGUAUGGAAAUGUUGCAAACCAAGAGAAGAGAUCUGAGAGAAAAACUACUGCUCAGAGAAACAGAGGACAAACUACGGAUGGUCCCGAGCAUCGUGGAAGAGGAAAGUGAAGAUUCACUCAUGAUUCAAGAUUCAGACAAAGAUGAGUCAAAGACAGCCUCCAUUGCCUCUGAGCACAAGGACGAGGAAUUGGCAGACUCUCUGAAAUCCUCCGUCUCAGCUGGAGACUCCUCUGAGGAAGAGGAACGUGUUUCUGAUGAGGAUCAUGUCCACAAGUCUGAGAUCCUGGAGUCGCCAUGGGACACAAGUCCAGUGACACUUCAGCUACAGGCCGAUGACUUCCUGUUGGUCACAGGAUGUGAGGUCGUCCCAGAGGAGCAGGGGUCAUUGCUGGAGGAAGUGUUGAGCUCCCUGAAGAGUCCACUUGUGUUAGGACUUGCACUGAAGCAUGAGAACGCGGUUCUUCAGAGUGAGGUUGCAAAUGUAAAAACCGAGAGUGCAGAAGCUCAACUUGAAGAGAACACCAACAUGGAUCUUCUUAGUCGGAUGAUCACUAAUGAACAAGUUCCUCAACCAGAUUCCCUUUCAGACUCUACUGUUGAUUCGGUCGAGAUCACAGAAGAGACUUUAGAAAAAGAGGAAUCGGUUGAAUUGCCAAAGUUUGCCAGUGUGUCUAAAUGCAAUGUUGAGAAAGAACUAAACAAGACUGAGAAUGCCAAAGAGGUACAAGGAAAAACAAACUUUAAAGAGAAGUUGGAGACAACUGACAUGGCGGAAGCUUUUCCAGUGAAUGUAAAAGAAAAGAACCAUAUAGAAGUUCUUGUUGAGGACAAUGUUGAAUUGAUGAUAGAAACCAAAGUUGAAGAGAAGGAAGGUGGCUUGGUGUUGGUGGAACUGGAGAAAAGAAACGAUGCUGACGUUGAAGAAUCUCAAGACAUUACGGAGCCCUCAAAGACAGACAAAGAUGAGACUCCAGAAGAAUUGAAAGUCACUGAUAUUGAGAACGUUGCUGCAUCUGAUCCGACAGUUGGAGACGAUGCCUUCAACACUUCUGAAUCUUCUAGACUCGCUCUGGUCGAGGUCAUUUCCCCCACAGUGUCUCACAAACUUGAUGCUCCAAUUCUCCAUUCUCCAUUUUUUAAUACGUCAGCGUGUCCUCUAGAGAAGGAAAAUGAGCCGAGCAGUUUAUGUGUUUCUGUUAGGCCUCAGGAAGUAUUAGUUACAGAGCAGAAGGAAGUUCUCGAGUCACCUGUGGAACGACAGAUAACCAGCGCUGAGGUUCAACCUCGCUUCACUAUUGCUCCUGCAUGGCAACGGUCACUUGUUUCUGGAGUUGCCAGAGAACAGCUUCAGAUCAUCUCGCCAUCAACAGAAGUGACCAAAGCGUGUGAUGAACCUCCCCAGACAACAGAGCUCCUCACUCCUGCGAAAGAAGAACGAUCACUCUCCAAACCCGCCCGUACGCAGAGUUCACCAGCACGAAUUCACAGCUCACCCAUGAGAAAAGAGACGUUGCUUGUUGAGGAAGAGUCUACCCCGGACAACCCUUUCGGUGUGCGGUUGAGAAGGACGGCAGUUAUCAGGCGAUACGUUAUGGAUGGAGAUUCGUCUCCAACGCGGAGGAGCCUGACAGGGUCAGAGCGUCUGGAGGCUGUGGAGACCCCAGAAGUUGAGCAGCAUGAAAGCAAGCCCAUCACGCCCAAGAAGCCUGAUCUGCACGAUACUGUGAUGUCUGUCAGGAAAGUCCCAGAACCUGUGGUUAGAAUAUCUGGUGGUGGCAUUGAACCUCCAAGCUGGAUCUCUGUGGCGAGACAGAAGCAGAGGAACUUCAUUGAGAACUCCCCAGAGGUCUCUGCAGAGAAACCUCCCUCACAAGAGGAUUUUACAAGACCAGCUUCACUGCCCAGCUUAUCAACUUCAAUCACCCAAGAGCAACUUGCACAGCCAUGUUCAACUAUAAAAGUGUUCUGCUCGAUUGAAAUGGUGGAGAAGGAGAGUAAGAGAGCUGCUAUCCCAUCCGCUGCACCGCUAGCCCAAGAUGAGCCCCCCUGGAUGGCCUUAGCCAAGAAGAAGGCCAAAGCAUGGAGUGAAAUGCCUCAGAUCGUCCAGUGAAUGGCCCAGCUGGCAUAUGAGCUCAAGCAAACACAAAAGUCACUUCAGUGGCUUUCUUUAUACUUUGUUGUAAACACAUACGCAAUGGAUGUGAGCAGUCACAGGACACUUGUACAGACUCGUGUUGCUUAUUCAGAACUGAAUGCCUGGAGUAAAUGAAGUUCUGACUUCAUAAAGGAAGUGUAAGCAGUAGGCGUUAUGGGUUAUGCAUUCUGCCUUUAUCAUGAUCACAUUCAUUUAAUAGUAUUUCAUGUCAUACAGGUCUGACUUUGUAAUCCAGGUGGAGUGCUUCUGUUAAAAAAGAGGGAAGGAACCCGUAAUGUUUAGUUACCCCCCACAAAACGCGUCCCUUUGGUUUACCCUGCAAAAUUACAAUUGCACAUUAAGAACCACCAUGAAGGCUGUUUUUAUUUAGGAGUUAAAGGAUACCUUCACUUAUAUUAUAGCCUUUAAAGUUAAUAACAAUGCAGUUAUUAUCAAUGGAGCUGAUGGUAUCAUUGUAUUUAUUUAUCUCACUCUUGUAUGUUUUAUGUAAUUUUUGUUUUAUUUUUGUAUUUACAUGCACAGUUUUGUGACUUGUACAUAAAAUGUGAAAUACCCAAAAAAAAUCUUGUUGUGUAUUUGAUCAGUCUACUCUCAGAGAAGAGGAACACUGAUGUCUUUAUUUUGCAUUCAUUUUUAUUUCUGCAUUCAUGCAGUGCUGCAUGCAAUAUUCUUCUUUUAAACGACUUGCGGUAGAACUAGAUAUGAAUAGUGACAAAGCAGGAGACUCAAAAUGGCAAUUAAAGGAAGCAGGUCAAUUUCAUUUUUAAAGAGACAAAAAGUCGCCUGCAAAAUAUACUUAUUAAUUAUUGUAAAUAUUUUGCAAUAUUUACCAUAUCUUAUCAGCACAAAUUUUAGAUUUGUCAUUAUAUUUUGUGAAAUAAAUCUAUCUGUCUG